AUGUCCAAUGGAGGUUGUAUCGGAAAAAUUGGAAUCAAAAUGAUGGCUGGUACCAGUGCCAUACAACAGCGCAUCAUAUCAGUUGUCGCGUUGGAUCAUCACGAGGUGGGACCAUCGCAAACAAUGGCCCAUGCGCCAGCACUCAUGUUUGUAGGGAGUGCCGGUGUGCCGAAAGACGGCUUCGAAAAAGUUGCUGUUGGAGGUGGAGGAGGAAGUGGACUCUGGAGCCUGCCUGUCUGGUAG